GUUUUGCAGGAAUCGGACGUAUUUGAUUGUGUUUCCGACUUCGCACGUGAUAUUCUCAAUACAGCUUGGUGAUCGUUCAGAUCGCUCCUACUUCUUGAGCGAAAAGUACUACCGGAUGCGCUAGCUGCGAAGACGAGGGGCCACGCGCAGCUUUCCGGUUCGAAUCGUCUUGAUAGCGUGUUGUCCUCGUGAAGAUCACUUUAACAGCCUAGAAGACAGGAGUACAAUUCGUAAAGUCAGUACAUAAAGUCAAAAGCAUCUUCGCUGUAGUUCUACUGCAUAGAAGCAUUCCAGUAGGAGCCGAUUGUUAUAGGCGUACUAGGAAAUAAUAACGACCUGUGCGUCGUCGUCGUGCUGCCUGGAUACUGUGCUUCUUCUUUAAGGCUUUGGAGGUUUCAUAAGGCAAGAUGGCCGAUACAGCUUGGCGGGAAGGAUGGAAAAUCAACGAGCAAACGUUACGAAAAGCCCCAAGCUGGACAACCUUGGGGAGGAAGCACGAGCUGCAGACGAGUAUAAUGUUUUUGGUGAACUUCUCUUUUCCUUUUCGUUUCCGGAUUCGUUGUUAUUGUCUUCUCGAUCAUGAGCAGUUCGCAUUCCUCAAUUCUCUCAGCUGCUUAAGGGAUUUUUUGUGAAGAUUUAUUGUCGUAAGUAUAGUACAUAAAAAUCGCAUGCAAAAAAUUAUAAACUGCAGGCAUGAACCGCAGUGGGCCGCACAACCAGUUUUCCGAGCUGAAGCCUUCCGCCGAACAGGGCACCAUCAAAUCGCGAAACACCUGGAUACAAAAGCACAUGCGCGCAACGCAGUGGGUCCCUGGGCCGGGCGCGUAUUUUAAUUUUUAUAUAUGACAAGUCUACUUGAUGCAGUGUUGUGCUUCUGGUUCUGUGUUUUGGUUUUAUCCUUUCCGAUCAUGCUGAAGUUUCUAAUUUAUUUCUCCGCGUUAUCACUAUCAGGUACAAAAAGUCCGGUGA